UUUUUUCCCCCCCUUCACUGCAACUCGAUGGCUUUCAGUGCAUAUAUUCGUAAAUCGGCCUCUUCUUUGGCUCCAAUGGCUAAUCGAUUCAUUCGAGUCAACAGAUGUUACCGUUCUGCCAUCUUCAUUGCCUCGAAUAACCUGUGUCAGAAACCAACUUUGAGCCCUUUUGUGCCUCAACUUCACUUCUCUUCAGCUGUUGGGACUAAAAAGCCUAGUUCUGAUGAGUCUCUGCUACGGGUUAUUGAUUCGGAAAUCAAGUGUGCUACGGAGACUGAUGAUCACGAUCGGGUGGAAGAGAUUCCAAGCAGCUUCCCUUUCAAAAUUGAGGAUAAUCGUGGACACCAAACUGUAACAUUGACGAGAGAGUAUCAGGGUGAACUUGUAAAAGUUGAAGUUUAUAUGCCUGAUCUUGUUACUGGUGACAAACCUGAGGCUGUUCAUGAUAAUGAUGAUGAUGAUGAUGAUAUCGAAAAACCCAGUCGAACUAGCCUCCCACUAGUUGUUACUGUCUCCAAGAGUAGUGGAACCUCACUUGAGUUUAGUUGUGUUGCUUACCCUGAUGAGAUUGCGAUUGACAGCUUGGCAGUUAGGAAAUCAGAAAAGUCAGAGGAUGAUGUUGCCUACGAGGGGCCUGAGUUCCAUGAUCUGGAUGAGAAGUUGAAGAAAGCUUUCCACAAGUACUUGGAGAUUAGAGGAAUAAAGCCUAGCAGCAUAAAUUUCUUGUUCGAGUACAUGAUCAACAAAGACAGCCGAGAAUACUUGAAUUGGUUGAACAACCUUAAGAACUUCAUUGAAGCAUAGCUUUUUGCAUCGACAAUUUUUAUGGAGGCCAGGUCGAGUGGUGUUAGGUUUUCUUCUUCAGUUCUUCUCUUAAUGUUCAUUUGCAUACUAUUUCAUGUAAGGAGUAUUAACGUGUUGUGUUAAGCACACAACAGUGUAGUUUUGAGGUAUGCCCAGAAUUGUUACUUAAUGCAAGAUUUGUUAUCAAGAAGAAUGCAGUAUUUUGUCAUACUGUUACUGGUGUUUAUUUCACAUUGGCUUUGUCCUUCUGGGCUACAUCUUUCUCCCAAGUUACAACAGGAAAGACAUGCUAAAGAAUGGAGUCUCUGUCAACU